AUAGCAGCUAUUACAGUUAUUAUAAAGAAUUAGAUCGUAUCUUGUAAUGUCAUCUAAAUGGAUAAAAUCUACCAUUUGUCCUCUUGUUCAUUUAUUGCAACCAUUGAAGAGGCUCAAACUGCUACCUCAGUAUUUACUCUACUUUAGAGGGGGCGGUGCUGACCCUUCGCGCACCCCGCCUACUAGUUCUUUCCUCGCUGUCUACGUCACUCCACCGAACUCCAUGCAAAUCGCUCCUCACUGGAACCCCAUUGGCCGCUCGCUCAUUUUAAUCGCUGUCAAAACGCAUCAUAUGGCCGCCGCUUUAACUAACUCUUCAACUCCACUAGGAAAAGUAACUCAAAUGCACGUUCAAUUAAUGUGGAUGUGAAACGGCAGUCGGAGACGACACAAACAGGCUACAGGAGCAAAAAGAGACCCUGAAACUAACAGCAAACGGUUGGGAAUAAGCUGAAUUCCACAUUUCACCAGAGCUCCACUGGCUCGUGAAGCACCUGCUUCAAGCGGACUACAGAGCGCCGAAAGUUCAUGCUUUUUCUCUGCUAGCUGAAAACUUUUAAGCCACUUGAAUGUAUAGCAUGAUGAUGGAGACGGACCUUCAUUCCCCUGGACCCCAAACCAACACGAAUCCGGGGCAAACGGGUCCAAAUUCGGGGAGCAAAGCCAACCAAGACCGCGUAAAAAGACCCAUGAACGCUUUCAUGGUCUGGUCCCGGGGCCAGCGCCGAAAAAUGGCUCAGGAGAACCCCAAAAUGCACAACUCUGAAAUUAGCAAAAGACUCGGUGCUGAGUGGAAAGUGAUGUCAGAGGCUGAAAAGCGGCCCUUUAUUGAUGAGGCGAAGCGGUUGCGAGCCAUGCACAUGAAAGAGCAUCCGGAUUACAAAUACAGACCGAGGCGCAAAACCAAGACCCUGCUUAAAAAGGACAAGUACUCGUUGGCUGGCGGCUUGCUCGGCGGUGCAGGUGGCGGGGUCGGAAUGAAUCCUGCAGGGGUCGGCCAGAGGUUGGAGAGUCCUGGCGGUCACGGAGGCUCGGCCAGCGCCGGCUACGCACACAUGAACGGCUGGGCGAACGGCACUUACUCCGGACAGGUGGCCGCCGCGGCAGCAGCGGCUGCGAUGAUGCAGGAGGCUCAGCUCGCUUACAGCCAGCACCCAGGUAGUGGGUCUCACCAUCACCACGCUCAUCACCAUCACCCGCACAAUCCUCAGCCCAUGCACCGCUACGACAUGACUGCUCUUCAGUACAGCCCCAUCUCGAACUCCCAGAGCUACAUGAGCGCUUCUCCGUCCGGCUACGGUGGGAUAUCAUACGCGCAGCAUCAAAACUCCAGCGUCGCUACUUCUGCGGCCAUCGGCACGCUGAGCUCGCUCGUGAAGUCCGAACCCAAUAUAAGCCCUCCGGUUACCACACACUCCCGAGUCCCCUGCACCGGAGACUUGAGAGAGAUGAUAAGCAUGUAUUUACCGACCGGGGAGUCCGGGGAUCCGUCUGUGCAGAGCAGACUGCAUGCCUUACCGCAGCACUAUCAGAGCACAACUGCCGGAGUAAACGGAACUGUCCCAUUGACGCAUAUUUGAAACAGCUGAUGGAAAGUGAUGGGUAACACUCCACCAAAAAUAUUUACCUCUUCUUUUUUUUUUUAGAUUGUCAUUAAACUACUUUUGUACAGAUUGUUUUAUGAUGUUAUUGUAAAUUAAAGGUAAAUAUUGUUUCGAUUGCAGUUCGGAGAGAAACUGAGAUCUAAUGAAAUGCAUCACAUUCAGUGAAACAUUGUUUAAAUAUGACGUCUUUAAAAAUGAUUCUGACAGCGUUUCUGGCCACGCCAAGAUAUAUGCGACACACUGUUAUCCUUUAAAUAUUUAAGUUUCUGUGCAAAUUGACUUUUUGAGUUGAUAAUAACAAAAGUCUAGCGUGAAUAACACAAUGAAAUGUUUUUGAGAGCCCAUAAAGAGUUUUCUGCUUAUUACAUUUACCAAAACGUUUGUAUACGUGAAUUAAUGUACCAGAUUUAUGUUGUAAUAUUUCUUGUAAAUUGUGAAUAAGUUUUAAUAUUUCAAAAGACUGGCACGUCACUGCUGCUGUACAUAAUUUAUGACAUGCAUUCCUGCCAGUUCAAAUCUUAACCUUGCGUUGAUUCAUGGUCUAAAUAAAAUUGGAGAAAAAGUUACUCUGCCCUAAA